AAGAACUAAAGAGCUGUGGAACCCAGGAUAUAUUUGUGCUCUGUACCAGAGGAGAGCUCUUAAAAUACCGAGUACCCAACCUAAUAGAUGCCUACCACCAGCAUGGGAUCUGUGUGCACCACUAUCCUAUUCCUGAUGGGGACGCUCCUGACAUUGCAAACUGCUGUAAAAUCCUGGAGGAGCUCAGAAGCUGCCUGGAAAGUAACCGGAAAACAAUCAUACACUGUUACGGUGGCCUUGGACGCUCAUGUCUCAUAGCUGCAUGUCUCCUGCUUCAGCUUUCGGAUGCUCUGGCACCUCAGCAAGUGAUCGACAGCCUCAGAAACCUGAGAGGGUCUGGGGCGAUACAGACCAUCAAGCAAUACAAUUACCUCCAUGACUUCCGAGAGAAGCUGGCUGCACACCUGGUGACAAAGAACACAACACCAAGAUCGGUGUCGCGGUAA